AUGUUUACGAUUAAAAUUGACAAAACGUUUCUGCAAAUUAUAAAAUUAUUUUACCAAGUGGGAAUAUGGCAAAGUAGCAAAGAAUCUCGUUUCCGUGAAACUGGGCGGAAAUUGUUCUACGCUUUUUUCGGUGCUUUGUUUCCAAUUUUUCUUGCAACUAAUGCUUUUUUAUGUACCGAUAGAAACGAAUCUAUUUUUUCAGCAAACGGUGCAAUUAUAGUGUCUGUAUUGUACGUGAAAUUGUUGUACCUUCUGUUCAAGAAGCAAGAAAUUCUCGGAUUUUUUAAUGACCAGAGCGUCGUUCAUUCAAUUGAAAAUCGUGAAAUAUAUGAGAAAACAAGCAAAACGAUAAGGAAAUUUAUGAGUUUCGUUCGUCCAUAUUGUUUGGCCUUCUUUAUAACUGCUUUUUUGCUCGUUCUAAUCGAAUUGCCAAUAUUCUCCGCCCGUAAAGGUUUGCCUGCUUUUAUUAGUUUAUCGUGGAACGACUCAGAAAUUAUCUAUUGGUUGGCGUACUUUUAUGUAACAUUUUCAAUUUUCAUGUGCAUCUCAAUCAACCUUUUUACGCCAUUUAUUUGGUACAUAAUGCUGAAUUAUUCCAUCGAGUAUGAAUUGUUGGGACAUAAAUGCCGCAGAUUAGGAGCGGGAAAGAAAACUGUCGAGACAAGAGUAAAGAAACAGAAAGAUUUCGGGUUGACACAACGAAGUAUGUUCGCUGAAAGUUUGAUUGUUUUGAUAAAAGCUCAUCGCAGUUUGGCCGGAACAAUAGAACGAUUCAGAUCCUGCUUUUCCACAUUAUUUAUGGGUCAAAUCACAACCAGUGGCAUUGGUAUUUGCGUCUCAGUUUACAAUUUAGCCUUUGCUUCGAAGGAGAGCAUCGUUCAAAGAGAAAUGAAUCUCGUUUUACUGCUCUAUGGAAUUUUCGAUAUUCUGUUUGUGAUGUACUUGGCAAACGACAUUACCCUAGCGAGUGACAGAUUAUCUUACUGCUUAUUUGAGUCAAAUUGGACUGAGCAGACAGAAUCAUGUAAAAAAUAUGUUCUCAUCAUGGGCGAAGUGUUGAAGCAGCCGCAACGACUUAUGAUCUUGAUAUACCCAAUGAACUUAGAGACGUUUAUGACGAUAAUUAAUGGUGCGUACAGCAUGUUCAACAUUUUGAAAAAUUUUCAGUAA